AAUGUCCAGGAAGAUAACGAAUUUGAGGUGUGGCUGCGUUUUCCUCUCGAUUCACCCUCUUUAUCGAUUCUGGGACGUGGUAAUUUAUGGUGUUUAUUGGCAUCGAAUAAUUUGGACUUAAAAAGUUUGAAACAGAGAGCCAAGGGAUUAUGGCGGCUUGCUGUUCCUGGAAAACCAUACCAAUUUCUUCCUCUUCCGCUCGAGCUCUUCUUCACCGUCCCUCCUCUUCUCCCUCUGCAUCUCAUUUUGUGUCCAUCCCUACUAUGUCUGGCGGACUUCAUUCUGCAAGGCCGGCCGCAUCUUCCCACUUCUCUGUUCAGAGGCUUACCAACUUCAGCCUUCCAGUGGAAUUAGCAAGCAUGCAGUCUCUAAUGCCAUUGCGCAGUGUUACUGCUUCUGCCUUGUUUACUUCGUUGCUUUCCUUCCAUAACAAUAGUCGGCGUUGUCUAUCUAAAGCUAUGCCUGAGGAAAAAGAAAUCUUGAACAGUGAUUUCAACUCCAAGAUGCUUCUAAAGGGCCUGUCUUACACCGAACUUGAGAAAUGGGUUCAAGCACAAGGAUACAGACCUGGCCAAGCUUUAAUGCUGUGGAAACGUCUUUAUGGGGAUAACAUUUGGGCACAUACUGGUGAUGAAUUAGAAGGUUUAAACAAGGACUUUAAGAAAAUGUUGAUUGAAAACGCUAAGUUCAGGGCAUUGUCUUUGAGGGAAAUUCUCCCUUCAUGUGAUGGAACGAGGAAGAUUUUGUUCAAUCUGGAAGAUGGCCUGAUAAUAGAAACUGUUGUUAUACCUUGCGAUAGAGGCAGGACCACUGUUUGUGUUUCAAGUCAAGUGGGUUGUGCCAUGAACUGUCAAUUCUGCUACACCGGCAGGAUGGGCCUGAAGAGACAUCUGACUGCUGCUGAGAUAGUAGAACAGGCAGUUUUUGCAAGGCGUUUGCUUACCAGUGAAGUGGGUUUAAUUACUAAUGUUGUGUUUAUGGGAAUGGGAGAACCACUUCACAACAUUGACAAUGUCAUUAAAGCUGCAAAUAUAAUGGUUCAUGAACAAGGACUUCAUUUCAGUCCCCGCAAGGUCACUGUUUCAACCAGUGGACUUGUUCCCCAGCUGAAACGUUUCCUGAAUGAAUGUAACUGUGCUUUAGCUGUUAGUUUGAAUGCAACUACCGAUGAGGUCAGGAAUUGGAUCAUGCCAAUAAACCGCAAGUAUAAGUUAGGCUUGCUUCUUCAAACUUUACGAGAGGAACUUCGUUGCAAGCACAAAUACAAGGUUCUUUUCGAAUAUGUGAUGCUUGCUGGGGUUAAUGAUAGCAUUGAAGAUGCAAAGAGGAUCGUUGAUCUUGUCCAGGGUAUUCCAUGCAAGAUUAACCUUAUUUCAUUUAAUCCACAUUGUGGAUCUCAAUUUAGACCUACCUGCAAGGAGAAGAUGAUUGGGUUUCGUAAUGUUCUGGCUGAAUCCGGGUUGACUGUUUUCUUGCGACUAAGUAGAGGUGAUGACCAGAUGGCUGCAUGUGGUCAGUUAGGCAAACCUGGUAUUGUUCAAGCUCCUUUACUUCGUGUGCCAGAUCGAUUUCAAAUGGCAAUGGAAUUAUGUCCCUAGUUCCUACAUCAAGAUUAAGAAACAUUGGCAUCACUCCAUUGACGAGGCAAAAAUAGUGUGCCGCCUUACGGGCAUUUGUUGGAAUGUAUGCCUGUCUUUAGCUUUCUAGUCUUCUUGAAGGAGAAGCUAUGUAUUCAGGCCCCCCUUUUCUUGGAGGCAAAGCUAUGCAUUCAGCCCCAGAUCGAGAAGUUCAACCCUCACGUUUUCUAAAUUUCUUGUCAUUCUUUUCUGUUUUUCUUUUCAACUUAUACCUUUUGCCAAAUUUUGGAAUUCGUAUUUAGAACCAAUUGUAUGGAAAUAAGGCAUUUGACAAACUUGUUUAGAGUUAUAGCUACCCACUGAAAGUUAAAUGAGUUGAUAAUAAAUUUUUAUUAAUUUA